UCGUUGUGUCAUUCAUUCAUUCAGGUGAUGAGAAACGGACCAUAGUUUUUUAUGGAAAAAAUAAAUCACAAAAAGAUAAAAAUUUGCUCAUAAGUAAUACCGUAUCAUUCCAGUGUUUACUCAAAUCUAUAUGUUCAGUGCAAUGAGGUCACCAUUAGCAGUUAUCAGAAAGUAAACUGAGUUUGUCCAUGGCAAACAAUUUGUGUUGGAUAUAGUGAAAUAUCGUUAGUGUUUAAGAGUUGUUGUUACGACAAAGUCGUGUUAGAAGAGCCCUAAGAUGAAGUUCGCGGAGCACUUGAGUGCACACAUUACGCCCGAGUGGCGUAAACAAUACAUAAACUAUGAGGAGAUGAAGGCGAUGCUAUACACAGCGGUGGAGGAGGCGCCAUCAGCUGAGAAUGUGGAGCCGGAAGUCCUCUCCCGCCAUUUUGCCAACUUCGACGAAACAUUCUUCCAUUACUGUGAUCAGGAACUUAAGAAAAUCAACACAUUCUAUUCAGAAAAACUCGCGGAGGCCACUAGAAAAUUCGCCACACUACAGAGCGAGUUAAAAUCACAUUUCGAAACAAUCAAACCCAAAGCCAGUGGCGACGGCAAAAAAGCGAUACCACGGCGGAAAGUACAAGAAUUGAAACUGGCCUUUAGUGAAUUUUACUUAAGUCUCAUACUUCUACAGAACUAUCAGAAUUUAAACUACACCGGAUUCAGAAAAAUAUUGAAAAAGCACGAUAAGUUACUAAACGUAAGCAAUGGCGCACAAUGGCGAGCGGAACACGUCGAAACAUCCCACUUCUACACGAAUAAGGACAUCGACAGACUGAUCAGUGACACAGAGGCUACCGUCACUAAUGACCUGGAAGGUGGCGAUAGACAGAAGGCCAUGAAGAAGUUGAGAGUUCCCCCUUUAGGGGAGCAACAGAGUCCGUGGACGACCUUCAAAGUGGGACUGUUCUCGGGGUCUUUUAUUGUGCUGUUUAUCACUGUUGUGUUGUCUGCACUAUUCCACGAAGGGGGCACAGAAAACUUCAAAACGGCCUUCAGAUUAUACCGAGGCCCAUUCCUUUUAGUCGAGUUCAUAUUCUUAAUCGGCAUCAACGUAUACGGAUGGCGGUCUUCGGGGGUCAAUCACGUCUUAAUCUUCGAGUUAGACCCCAGAAAUCAUCUUUCUGAACAGCAUUUAAUGGAGUUGGCAGCCAUUUUUGGGGUCAUUUGGGCCCUAAGUAUACUCAGUUUUAUAUAUAGUGCGAGUUUGAGUAUACCUCCGUUUGUGAACCCGUUGGCGUUGGUUAUAAUAAUGCUGGCCUUUCUUAUGAAUCCGCUGAAGGUGUUCCGACAUGAAGCACGGUUCUGGUUUUUGAGGAUAUGUGGUCGUAUCCUAGCGGCUCCAUUCAUGCCGGUGCUGUUCGCUGACUUCUGGCUGGCAGACCAGUGGAACUCCUUCGUGGCGGCCUUCCUCGACUUCCACUAUCUCAUAGCCUUCUAUACUACGGGGAGCGACUGGUUUAAUGUUAAUGUAACAUUUGAGAAAACGAAAUGGUUCAUAAUAACCCGAGCCCUAGUGAACGUAGUGCCGGCGUGGACGCGUUUCUUCCAAUGCCUCCGCCGGUAUCGCGACAGCAGGGAAGCCUUCCCGCAUCUGGUUAACGCUGGGAAGUACUCCACUACGUUCUUUGUUGUGCUGUUUGCGACGCUCAGGACUUUGUAUAGCGACCCAACAUCAACAGACGCAUACGACAACCCGUUCCUAUACCUCUGGUUCGCGUGUCAACUGGUGUCUUCCCUGUACACGUACACGUGGGACGUGAAGAUGGACUGGGGGCUGUUCAGCUGCGGACCCAACGCCGAGAACAAGUUCCUCAGGGAGGAGAUCGUUUAUAGUCCCGGGUUCUACUACUUCGCGAUAGUGGAAGACUUCGUGCUCCGCUUCAUCUGGACGGUGUCGUUCGUGCUGACGGAGAACAAGCUCGUCUCCGGCGAGACCAUGACGUCUAUACUGGCGCCGCUUGAGGUCUUCAGACGAUUCAUCUGGAACUUCUUCCGCCUGGAAAACGAGCAUCUAAACAACUGCGGCAAGUUCCGAGCUGUUCGCGACAUCUCCGUGGCGCCGCUCGACUCGUCCGACCAGGCCGACAUCAUCCGCAUGAUGGACCAGCCCGACGGCGUCGUUAACAGACUAACGAAAAACAAGAAAAACGCGAAAAAGACAAAGGAGAGUGACCGCAAGCCGCUUCUCAAGAAGGAGUCGAUACAAGACAUGCAACUGGAACUCGACCUCUCUUCCAAGAUGCUGUGACCGACUGUGAUAACUGUACUUAUUUAGUUAUUGUUAUAGUAUUAUACGAAAUAUAUUUAUAGCCAAUUCUUAUACACGCA